AUGAUAUCCAGCGAGGAGGCCCUCGAGUAUCUUUUUGACGAGUCAAACUACAAUUUCCGCCACUUCUUGCAGGAGGUGUCCUCUGGGAAUUCGACGGAAAACACACAGGUGCCGUUGAUCAUCAACACCGUGGAGCUCUUUGCAUUUGGCAAUUUGGCACAUUACAUCAAGUACAAGCAACACUACGUGGAGCUUCCGCAGCAAGGUGUGGAGAAGCUUAUGAAACUUACGCUAGUGUCGUUUUGCAACGAGUACGAGGGCACAUUUGUGCCGAUUGACGAGCUCCUACUGGCUCUUCAUAUCGAAGAGUUGGAGGUACACCAAGAAACACUCGAGCAGCUAAUAAUGUCUAUGGUGGACACCAAAUUGAUCAGUGCACUUGUGGAUGAGAAGCAGCGGAGUGUAACAUUCCAAGCUUCUUACGUCCAACGUGACGCCUACAACUCGUCAACGUAUAAACUACGAGUAUUAACAGAAGAGGACGUCAACAAACGGUCAGUCACUAGAGCCAAAGCCAUUCUUCAGCAAUGGGUGGACGAGUAUAUUGCUCCUACAAGAGAGCAGCUACAGCAUUCAAGUUAA